AUGUCUCUCAAGUACUUGCUAGUGUUGUUCCUAGGCCUGGUGCUCUUCACGAGCGCCAUCGCGGAGGAGCUCGACCACCGCCACCACCCGUUCAAGAAGGAAAGGCCCCCAAAGGAGCACAAGCCGCCCCACAAGCACCACCCCGGCGGCGGCCGACUCCUCUUGAAGUACGCUGAGGAAGAUGGACACAAGCCGUUCCCCAAGCACAAGCCUCCACAUCACCACCACCCUCACGGCCAUAUUCUCGCCGAGGAGGUCGCUGAGGAGGACCGCAAGCCGUUCCCCGAGCACAAGCCGCCCAAGAAGGAGGACAAGCCACCAAAGGGUAAGGGCGAGAAGCCGCCAAAGGAGCACAAGCCACCAUUUGAGCACCACCCAGAGCCGAAGCCAAAGGGCCCUCCUUUCCACGACAAGCCGCCCAAGAAGGAGCACAUGCCACCAAAGGGUAAGGGCGAGAAGCCCCCGAUGAAGCACAAGCCACCGUUUGAGCACCCCCCAGAGAAGAAGCCAAAGGGCCCUCCUUUCCCCCACAAGCCAGCCCACAAGCCUCCUACUGAGAACUGA